AUGAAGUUUACCCAGGCCACCAUCGCAUGGGCUGCUGCUGCCUUGGCCAGCGGUGCCUGGGCUGCAGAUGAGAGCUCCAGCUCUUCCGCUGCCGAGUCCGCGACGUCUGUCGCGGCGAACCUGCCUACUUUCACCCCUACCACCCUCAAGGCCCCCUUCCUCGAGCAGUUCACCGACGACUGGGAGACUCGAUGGAAGCCUUCCCACGCCAAGAAGGACUCCAACAACGAUGAGGAAUGGGCAUACGUCGGCGAGUGGGCUGUUGAGGAGCCCACUGUCUACAAGGGUAUUGAGGGCGACAAAGGUCUCGUCGUCAAGAACCCUGCCGCUCACCACGCCAUUUCCGCCAAGUUCCCCAAGGCCAUCAACCCCAAGGGCAAGGACUUGGUUGUUCAAUACGAGGUCAAGCUUCAGAACGGUCUCGAGUGCGGUGGUGCUUACAUGAAGCUCCUUCGCGACAACAAGGCCCUCCACGCAGAGGAGUUCUCCAACAGCUCUCCCUACGUCAUCAUGUUCGGCCCUGACAAGUGUGGACACACAAACAAGGUUCACUUCAUUUUCAACCACAAGAACCCCAAGACGGGCGAGUACGAGGAGAAGCACCUCAGCAGCCCUCCCACCGCUAGAAUCGUCAAGACUACUGAGCUCUACACUCUCAUUGUCCACCCCAACAACACCUAUGUUAUCAAGCAGAACAACGAGCAGGUCAAGACCGGCUCCCUUCUCGAGGACUUCCUGCCCUCGGUCAACCCCGAAAAGGAAAUCGACGACCCCAAGGACUCCAAGCCUGAGGACUGGGUGGACGAGUCCCGCAUCGCUGACCCUGAGGCCAAGAAGCCCGAGGACUGGGACGAGGAUGCUGCUUUCGAGAUUGUCGAUGAGGAGGCUACCAAGCCCGAGGACUGGCUCGAGGAUGAGCCUCUUACUGUCCCCGACCCUGAGGCUCAGAAGCCUGAGGACUGGGAUGAUGAGGAGGAUGGUGACUGGAUCCCCCCCACCGUUCCCAACCCCAAGUGCUCUGAUGCCUCUGGCUGUGGACUCUGGACAAAGCCCCUGAAGAAGAACCCCGACUACAAGGGCAAGUGGACCGCACCUUACAUUGAUAACCCCGCCUACAAGGGAGUCUGGGCCCCCCGCAAGAUCAAGAACCCCGACUACUUUGAGGACAAGACCCCUGCCAACUUUGAGCCUAUCGGUGCCAUUGGUUUCGAACUCUGGACGAUGCAGAACAACAUCCUCUUCGACAACAUCUACAUUGGUCACUCAGUCGAGGAUGCCAACAAGCUUGCCGAGGAGACUUUCGCCGAGAAGCAUCCCCAGGAGCAACUUCUUGAGCUUGCCGAUAAGCCCAAGGCUGAGGACAAGCCCAAGUCUCCUUCCGACCUCGUCUUCACUGAAGACCCUGUCACCUACGUCAAGGAGAAGCUCGACCUCUUCCUCACCAUUGCCAAGUCCGACCCCAUCCAGGCUAUCAAAUUCGUUCCCGAGGUUCCCACUGCUAUCGGCGGUCUCAUCGUCACCAUUGCUGCUCUUGUCGGUGUCUUUGCCCUGGGCGGCUCUGCUCCCCCGGCCGUCAAGAAGGCUGUCAGUGACUCCAAGGAGAAGGCCAAGGAUGCCAAGGACAAGGCUGCUGAGGCCGUUGCCACUGGUGCUGAGAAUAUCAAGGCCGAUGUCAACAAGCGUACUACUCGCAGCCAGUCAUAG